CCAAUCACAUUGGCGAUCUUAUACGCGUGGGCAUAAAUAGGACAGUGCUUUUCUUUGGGGGCUGUGCUAGGAUUGGGGACUUAAUAUUAAAUAAAAUGAACAUCGAUCGUUAUUUUGUCAUUCAAGAUGGAAAUAUUUCGCGACCGCGAUUGUCGUAUUAAAUAUACCAAAAUCUUUUUCCCUCUAACAGGGGAAGCUGGUGUUUAAUUCAAUCAGAUCGGUUGAGUUUGAGAGGUUGUGAACAUUGAAGGUAUUUACUUUGAAGGCGCAUAAGUAUCGGUGUACAACUCAGGAGUUCCGGGUUUAUAAUAAGUCCUUUACGUAUGUGGCUUUCUGCGGAUUACGGAUUACUCGGAUUCGGUGUGAUAGUGGCGGUUCUACGCAUAACUUGAUACACAUCGUCGCCGCCACCAUGCACGGUGUACGCGGAUUUAUCCGCUCUCUAGCGAUUACGAUCGCCGUUAUCGCAGCGCCUGCUGUCGCGGAAUCUUCCACUACUGCGGCUGUUUCGCUUAGCCAACUUGCGCUGGAGAAAGUGCUGCAGGAUGGGCGGGAAGUGUUUGGGGAUAUCCAUGUUUCUUCUACCAAUGGCUCCUCUUAUGCAGAUUGGAUGUCUGAGAUUCCGGAUGAGACGUUAUUGGCGCAUCUUAGUAUCCCUGGGAUUCAUGAUGCGGCGACGUGGAAUUAUAGUCAGGAUACCCAGGAUAGUUUGAAGUUUGCUACGAGGUGCGAUGGCGUGGAGCAAAAAGAGGCCAUGGUGUAUAGGUGCCAGCGAAGUGGGAUUGCGGAGGCGUUGGAUGCGGGGGUGAGGUUUUUUGAUUUGAGAGUUGCGGCGGGGACGAGCGGGGAGGAUGUCGUUUUUUGGCAUAGCGCAGCCCUAGUUUCAGCUCGCGCCACCAUCACCGAUGUGCUUUUCGGGUUCUACGACUGGCUCUCGCGCCAUCCGUCCGAGGCCCUGCUGCUCAGCUUCCAAUACGAGGGCGGCACCCAGGCUAACGCCACAUUCGACGCUGCGGCCCAGGGGCUUCUUGUCGAUGCCCUGACAUCGGAUGCUGCGAAGUUGUUUAUACGACAGAAUAGCGGGGUAUUGGGAACGCUGGGAGAGAGUAGAGGCAAGAUUGUGCUAUUGAGACGGUUUGAUCUAGAUGGCGAGGAUGAAGGGAAGGGGGUGAAAUUGCCGGGGCUGCAUUUUAGUCCGAGCAAAUGGCCUGAUAAUGAUCCUGAGGGCUUUGAACUGGCGUAUAAUGAGCAGACCAAUGCGACGGCGUACGUGGAGGAUUAUUAUGAGCCCGAUGCUCUAGGGGAGACUUCGAGUGUGUCGGAUAAUGUUGGCGCAAAGGUGGAUGCAGUGAAGAAGCACCUAAAACAGGCUGCUACUUCUUAUUCUACGAAUAGUAGUGCGAGCAAUAGUGGUGCUAGGAGGGAUAGCUUGUUCAUAACGUUCACGUCUGCUGAGCAUAAUACUAAUGACCCGCCUGUGUACCCUCAGACGAUGGCGCUGGGGAAUGGAACGGAUAUUACGCCUGACGGAGGUGUGAAUCAUCAACUCGUUUCGUUACUGGGCGGGGAGUUGAAAGGGAGUAGGCUGGGUGUUGUGGUUGUGGAUUUCUUCGAUGAGCCGGCGGAGUUAGUUGGACUCAUAUUGGGUUCUCAGCCUACGUUAUAAGUUUCACGACUUGGUCUGGAAGGCACAGCUUGGAUAUCACUUUACUUCAGGCCUAGACUGAUGAGUCUUAUAUAACUUAUGUCUAUUCUAGAAUAAUGCUAAUAGGGUGGCUAUUAACGAUGACUACGGCACUAUGAUGCUAGUGUAAAUGCCUUGGUAUGCGUAGCUAUAGCGAUGAGUUAGGGAUACAAGUCGGAGUCAAUAAUAGAGUUAUAUGAUGGGACUCUUCGUGAUAGGAGUGGUGAUAGUAUAUUCGGUCACACUUAGA